AUGGCGCGAGCGAAACGAGUCUAUGCUAGCAUUGCGCCUUGCUUUGUCCGUGCGUUGAGGGAGAAGCCAGCAAUAUCAGUAGGAACCAAGGAAAUCUUGAUCUGGCAAGCGUCUCAGAAGAAAGUCGGGAACCCGGCCAGGCGACAGCGAGGAAGAUGCGAGAGCGAGUCGGUCGGAAAGAAUCAAGACAAGGAGGUCAUUCAGGUGAUCGAAAAAGCCGAUGCGAAUGCAGUGUUGAAGGUUUCGGACCGGGGCGAGGGUGAGGGCGACCGAGAUGAGGUGAGGUGCGAGAAGGUGGGGAAGAAAGUGCAGGGACGGCAAACGCCAGAGAAGCGCAGAGGGGUUGCGAAGGACGACAGCAAGCGUAAUGGUGGGCGGAAUAACGAGUGCGGGCGGGCCAAGGACAGAAGACCCUCUCUCCGCGUGGGCUUGAACGCUGAUGUUGGACUACACUCGGUACUGCCUGGAGGAGCUAGCUAA